AUGACUUCUGAAUCUAGGCCCUUGGGCAUUGAUGUUCACCGUUCCUCCAUGGAGUCACCCCCGGGCAUCGCCGCCCUGUUUGUGAUCAGCUUCGACAUCAGGACCGGAUAUGUGGUCUCGUGGAAACGAACUGCCCCUGGAGUUGAGGUUGAAGGGGUGGUGGAAUACAAAUCACUGCCAUCGGGACUACACAAUGUGACAGAGGAUCUGGUGUACUUCGUCCAUGAACAGUAUGCCGGUAUCAGCGCGUUCCUCAACUAUCCCGCCACGGUGGCCGAACGCAAUGCGAAGAUGUUCGCGAUCGGGGUGCUCGUCCCCCUCAGCACAGGGAGAUUGGGCAAGAGUUGGCGACACGCCCCAAAGCUCAAGGAGCUGACACAGAAAUACGCUGCGAACAUGGAGGACAUGCAGCCGAUGUCUGACUAUUGGGAGUCAUAUCGGAUAGGAGGGCCUGACUCUUCAGCCCCCGACUCCCCCAUGGACUCGCCCUCCAGUCUCCGAUUCCGCCCCGGCGAGCGGCCGGAUAACCCGAAUCGCACCCGCGCCUUUAGCGAUGCAAUGGUGCUGGAGACGUUCAGACCGGCCCUGACGCCAUUCCACCCUGCUUCAUCGCUCCCUGGUCUUAUGGACUGCUUCGGACCCUUGAUCUUCCCUCUGUACAGAGCAGCUUUGCUGCGCAAACGCAUCCUCUUCAUGGGCGAGGCUCCUGUGCAUACUGCAUGCAACUAUGUAUAUGAUCUAUCUCUCUUAGCCUCAUUACCGAACUCCCUCCUCGAGCUCCUCCCCUCAGAUCGCAUUCCACCUCUCCGCCCACGCCCCCUCUUCAACGUCGGCAUCCACGACAUCCCCUACCUAUCCUCCUUCGACCCCUCCCGAAGCAUCGUAGACUUGGAAACGGACCCAAGCUGGAUCGCCUGCUCAACAGACACAGUCCUAACAAUGAAACCGGACCUCUUCGACGUCCUCAUCACCCUCCCCGCACCUUACACGCAACACGCGAGCGAGCGAACCUUCCCCAAAAUCUCCCUGGUCCACGCAACAGGCCCAAAACCGAAUCAAACCCAACAAAUCCCCCUGAAAGCAACCCAGCGUGACGCCCGCCGCUUCUCCAUGCUCCGUCGCGGUAUCCGGCAAUUCUCCAAUAGACCCACAUCCCCAGAUUCAGACCCAGACUCAGACUCCUCAGACGCAGACUCAACCUACUCCUCCAGCUCCGUCGUCGAACCCCUCUCCUGGACAAGACUCGCCUACACCUCGUUCAUCUGGUGGGCAUCCGCAGGCGAGAACCGCGACGGCCUCUCAGAGGAAGAAGAGGAACAGCAAAUAGAACAAGAUACCCGCCUCCUCACAAGCGUCGAAUCUCUUGCCCACCCCUCUGCCACGCGUCGGUCUUUCAAUCCAGAAGACCCGGCCCAACAACCAGCAGAAGUCGCCCUGGUGGCAUACUUCCGCCGUCUAACCUCCCAAAUCUUCGUAACACUAGCCGGCGCGAUCGCCCGCAACGACAGUGAGGUCCGCGGCGACGAAGACGACGCUUCGUACAAUGAUGCUCCAUACAUCGAUGAUCCCGCAGAUGAUGAUACAGACCUAUCACUCUCCAUAUCGCGCCAAUCCAUCCACGGCGACGAUGGACAUAGCCCACUCCUGCGCCAGCGAUCUGGUGCGUAUACGUCUUCGCAGGCUGGGUCUCGAGCCAGUUAUGAAGAUCGUGAUGUCGCUGAGCUGGUUACGAUUACCGUUGCGGAUAUGGCGGAGAUGGGGCUUGAUGUUUGGAGUGCUGCGGAUCGCAUCUUUGUUGAAGAGUUGCUUUCUUUGUGGUGGGGUCGUGCGGCCAGAGUUGAUAGUGCUAGGAUUCGUUGCUGUGGUAUUUCGGUUUUGUAG